AUGAGCGUCCUGCCCUGCGGCCUGAGCGGGCUGACAGCAGAGGGCCUGCGGAUGAGCCGGGACCCCCGUGGCUGUGCGCCUGAGGGGUUGGCCGGGACUCAGCGCUUGCUUCCACCGCUGGCUGCGCGGGCGUCUGAAACGUGUGCGUGCCGUGGGGGCGGGGUGUGCCCAAGACCCUCGGGUCGGGAUGCCGGGAGCCGCUGGCAGAUCCCCGCCAAGCGCUCUGAGGUCCCCCGGACAGGCCGACCAGGGCCGUGUGUGCCAACCAGCAGAGGGAAGAGGGCGCUGCACGACCUGGAGCAGGUGCGUGAGGCCGCAGGACAGGGCUUGCGCCGCUCCGUGCACACCCAGGCCCAGGUUCAGACGAAGAAGGAGGAGCCCCUGCCGCCCGCCAGCAGCGAAAGCAUCCCCGCGUUCUACUUCCCUCGCGGCCGUCCCCGGGACACCGUGAACGUAGACGCGGUCAUCGCCAAGAUUGAGCGGACUUUCGCCCAGUUCCCGCACGAGAGGGCCACCGUGGAGGACAUGGGCCGCGUGGCCAAGGCCUGUGGCUGCCCGCUGUACUGGAAGGGACCGCUCUUCUGCAGUGCCGGGGGAGAGCGCACGGGCUCCGUGUCUGUGCACAAGUUCGUCGCCAUGUGGAGAAAGAUCCUCCAGAACUGCCACGACGACGCGGCCAAGUUCGUCCACCUGCUCAUGAAUCCCGGCUGUAACUACCUGGUACAGGAGGACUUCGUCCCCUUCCUACAGGACGUGGUGAACACGCACCCGGGCUUGGCCUUCCUGAAGGAGGCGUCUGAGUUCCACUCCCGCUACAUCACCACCGUGAGUACACAGACAGAGUCCGCUGCCCCCGGGUGCCCGGGCUGUGGCCCUUCCGACCCCGGGUCUCUCACCUGUGAAUAAGGUAGGAGGGUAGCAGGUUUGUUGGGUUUGUGUUGGCAGAACGUGGCACUCUUGGAAGAGGAAGCAGACAUCAACCAGCUGACAGAGUAUUUCUCGUACGAGCACUUCUAUGUGAUUUACUGCAAGUUCUGGGAGCUGGACACGGACCACGACCUUCUUAUCGAUUCCCAGGACCUGGCCCGGCACAAUGACCACGCUCUGUCCACCAAGAUGAUCGAGAGGAUAUUCUCAGGGGCAGUGACCAGGGCCAUCGGAGGCCACGCGGUGGCCGUGACCGAGGCCGCGCGGCCACCCCUGCUCCAUCCGCAGUCGCAGGGGAAAAUCACGCUCCACGAUCUGAAAAACUGCAAACUGGCCAACGUGUUCUUUGACACCUUCUUCAACAUCGAGAAAUACCUCGACCAUGAGCAGAAGGAACAGGUGUCCCUGUUCAGGGAGAGUGAGAGCGAGGGCCCCGAGCUCUCCGACUGGGAGAAGUACGCGGCUGAGGAGUACGACAUCUUGGUGGCCGAGGAGGCUGCGGGAGAGCCGUGGGAGGACGGGUACGAAGCCGAGCUCAGUCCCGUGGACCAGAAGCUGAGCGUCCUGAGGUCUCCGCUGGCCCAGAGGCCCUUCUUCGAGGCGCCCUCGGCCCUGGGCACCGUCGACCUGUACGAGUACGCGUGCGACGACGCCGACCUACAGCCCUCGUGA